AUGCUGUUGCAGGGGCUUAGAGCCGGCUGGCGCAUGAUGUUCGUCUUUGUGGUUCAGAUUAUUCGCACGGCUUGGACGGACAACUUUGAGCGCAAGCUGCACGAUGAUCUGCUGAUGAGCUACGACACGUUAGAAAGGCCGGUACCAAACAGCUCUCUGCCGCUGCGGGUGCUGUUGGAAAUCACCCUGUUUCAAAUUGUGGACGUUGACGAAAGAAGUCAGGUUAUUCAGACGAACGUCUGGCUGAAGCUAACAUGGGAAGACUACAAUCUCAAAUGGGAUCCAGAGCAGUACGGCGGUCUAUCGGACAUCACACUGCCUGCGGACAAAAUUUGGAAACCAGACGUACUCCUGUACAAUAGCGUUGAUUCAAACUUUGCCAACUUUUAUCCUUCCAAUCUUGUCGUUUACAGCAGUGGUACCAUCACCUGGAUACCACCCGGGAUCGUUCGUAGUAGCUGCAAAAUGGACAUCACGUGGUUUCCAUUCGAUGAUCAGCUGUGCUGUUUGAAGUUUGGCUCAUGGACUUACAAUAGCCUAAAGCUGGAUCUGCGAAAGGACAAAGACGGAUGGGACAUGUCAGAGUACUUGGAAAACGGCGAAUGGCUUCUUAUAGAAUACCCGGUGAACCGUUCUAAACGCCUUUACGAGUGCUGCCCCGAUGAACCGUACUAUGAUUUGAAGUUCUGCCUGCACAUCCGACGGCGAACAUUGUUUUAUGGUUUUAACCUAAUUAUCCCUAGUUUGCUCAUCUCGCUAAUGACUUUGCUCGGUUUCGCUCUUCCGGUCGAGUCAGGUGAAAAAGUCACAUUAGAAAUCACCAUUCUUUUGUCGGUUUGUGUGUUUCUUGGAAUGGUGUCUCAAAUGACUCCGACGACAUCAGAAGCGGUGUCGCUACUCGGCGUAUUCUUUGCCUGUCACAUGUUGGUCGUUUCCGCAUCGGUCGUAUGCAACGUCAUCGUGCUGCAGCUUCAUUAUCGAACCCCUGAUACAAACAUUAUGGGCGAAAAGACGCGUGCAUUGCUAAUUAAUUGGCUUCCGUGGCUUUUGAUGAUGCAGAGGCCUGGAAAAACGUUUAGUCGACAGAUCUAUUUGUGGAAAAAGGAGAAGAAGCCGAACAAUAAGGUUCACAAAGAUGUCGAAAGUGAGAUACCAGGUACUUCCAAAACUGCAGAUAUCACAAAGUGCAGUAACGAGCGAGAACUGUUGUUGGCCACCUCAAGGCAUGACUCCAAUAUGCCGUUGAAACCACCCAUCGUCGAUAACCAAGGAUAUCUGAUUGUGACUCUGAGUAAAAUUCAGCAGAAUGUAGAAUACAUCGCCAAUCAGCUGUCGAAGGAAAACGCUGAUGAAGAUGCCAAGAACGACUGGAAAUUCGCCGCGGUCGUAGUUGACCGUUUAUGUCUCAUCUUUUUCUCCAUCUUCAUUGUCUUGUCGACGGUCAUCAUUUUUACCUCAGCCCCUCACCUGUACGUUUGA